GUAUUCUCACAUCCUAGACUAUACCCGGCUGAGCGAUUCAAAACUGUUUCUCGAUUCUUCGCGGAGUAGGAAAUUCAAAAAGCGUGGUGAUUCGGACGAAGCGCCACCGUCACCGCCACCAUGUCUUCAGACCAACAACACAGCGGUAUUAACGAGAAACUACACUCCUCGCUACCUUCCCCCGUCGCAAACCACAUACCACAUAUCCCCGAGUCAAAAGAUGAGCUGAAAGCUGAGAUAAAAGCCGAGGCCCAAGCCGCCGCUUCUAGCGUGUCUUCACAACUGCGAUCGUUUGCCGCUGGAGGCUUUGGUGGUGUCUGCGCUGUAAUCGUCGGUCAUCCAUUCGAUUUGGUUAAGGUACGCUUGCAGACCGCGGAUAAGGGCGUAUAUUCUUCUGCUAUCGAUGUCGUACGGAAAAGCGUCUCAAGGGAUGGACUGAGGAGGGGUCUCUAUGCGGGUGUUAGUGCGCCGUUGGUUGGAGUUACGCCUAUGUUCGCCGUAUCGUUCUGGGGCUACGACCUCGGCAAGCAAAUCGUAACCAGCUUCUCCCCUCCCAGCCCCACAGGCGCUCUAUCCAUCGGUCAGAUCAGCGCCGCCGGUUUUUUCAGCGCCAUUCCGAUGACGGCUAUUACAGCCCCCUUCGAGCGAGUUAAAGUCAUCUUACAAGUUCAGGGCCAACUUCUGAAACCUGGUGAAGAACCGAAGUAUAAGGGUGGUCUUGAUGUCGUGCGCCAGUUAUAUCGCGAAGGCGGCAUUCGCUCUGUAUUCCGUGGCAGCGCUGCUACGUUAGCUCGUGAUGGCCCCGGUUCUGCUGCGUAUUUUGCGGCGUACGAGUAUAUCAAGCGACGUCUGACACCGCUCGAUCCAGUUACGGGUAAACCGAAGGGCGAUCUGAGUCUACUAGCUAUCACGGCAGCUGGUGGUGCGGCUGGUGUCGCUAUGUGGAUUCCCGUGUUCCCUGUCGACACUGUUAAGAGCCGAUUGCAGACCGCUGAGGGCAAUGUGAGCAUCGGAAGUGUGGUUAGGGAGCUAUAUGGUAAAGGUGGUGUCAAGGCGUUUUUCCCUGGUUUCGGACCAGCAUUGGCGAGAGCGGUGCCGGCGAACGCGGCGACGUUUUUGGGUGUGGAGUUGGCGCAUCAGGCGUUAAAAAAGGUAUUUGGUUGAUUUCCCUAGAUCGUUAGGGAGUACUCGAGAGGUGUCGGCUUCCUUCACAUCUAGGAAAAUAUAAGGUCGCGUUGGGAUGGAAGAGCGUCAUUCAAUAGAUAGGGAUGGAAUGAGCCUAUCUUCUAAAGUAUAUAUGGCAAUUGGAACAUGAGGGCGCAGGAGUGUGGUGGAAUUGCAUAUCCUAGGCGUUUAUAAAGGGGUGAGGUCAUAUGCUGAUUCAACAUUGUUGAUGAUUUGAACUAGAAGUCUUGCCCCUAUGGCUAGAAAUGGGAACUACUGAUUUAUGAGAAAGCUAUUUUACAUGUCAACUUUCCUGAUUAACUAGGUAAUUCUCUCUGCUUUAUUAUCGUUGUACUGGCUCGCGACCCCGCUCUAUGCCGUCUCGUAUAGAGUAGUUAUGUGCUUACUCACAUACGCCACGUCGGCGAGUAAAGCCGCGGGCAAUGGCGAGACGCGUAUCUAUGGGAUGAUAUGCAAGUUGGAGCACUAGAAUUGUGUCACAGAUUAUAUGCAGGUCGAAAACCACCCGGAA